AUGGACUACACUGCAGUGGCAGUGGCAAGUGGCAGCCGGACGACCGGCACGAUGUUUUACCUCCAUAGCCGAGACAAAGGAUGUUUCCCGCCGACGCUGUGGUGUGCGGCGACCUUAGGGCCGGUUCAAAGUCACGACCGUAAUCCGCGAUCUCGCCUCGGUCCUGGUCUGGAAUUUUCCCGAAAACCUGUCCACGGAUCGCCGCUUUUUCGUCACGUCUGUGUCGUCAGAAAUCCCAACGCUUCAUUAACGAUAGUUGAAGUACCGACUCGACGUCUGGGAGUUAUUCCGAGUCGUGGAAGAAAAUUUGAUGCUUCCAAACAACUAUUUACAACACGGAACAUUUUUACAAAUUGCAAUUUAUUGCCUGAAUCGGAUUGUUGCAAUAGGCAUUAUCCGGAGCCAAUUAACCAUCGACACUUAAAUUGA